CCUACAAUAAAGUGUGGCAACGGGAAUGUCAGUAUAGCUAAACAUGGAGUACUUGAUAUACAUUGUGAUGUGCACACGGGAAUUAAGGCCAUCAUUCUCAAGUGGUCGAGUCAAACUCCUCUCUGUUCGGUAUACGUCAGCGGAGGUAAGUCUAACAACAUUUAACAUCUACUAUGGUAAGCUAAUUACGUGUAAAAGUGAUUCCAUUUGUUCGUUUACCUUAUCCUGACUAAAGCUCAUUUUAUAGGCUCUCUCUGGCCUGGUGUAAUAAAUUGUUUUCAAAGGUGGAUAAUAUAUAAAAUGAAUAAGAGUAGUCAUCAGAAUAUAUAAAAUUCAAAGUGUACGUCUGGACCUAACGCUGGGAGAGAAAGAGAGAGAAAGAGAGAGAGAAAGAGAGAGAGAGAGAGAGAGAAAGAGAGAAAGCGAGAAAGGCAGAGAGAGAGAAAGAGAGAAAGAAAGAGAUAACUGAACAUUUUUUCCAUUUAGAGAAAAACUUAGUUGCAGUGACUAAAACAUAAAAUUGAAUUUUUUUAAAAUUCAAUAACUUCAGCAGAACAUUUUUUUGUUUAAAUUAAUUUUAAAAAAUUUUAAAACAUUUACGUUUCUUCUACAUUUAAAAAAAUUUAAUAUAAACCUUAAGAUAGUUUUUUUUUAACUCAUUAUUAUAACGAGUAUAUUAAAGAAUUGAAAGUAAAAACUUUGAAAUCUUCUACUCACUUUAUUACCAAUGCCAUAAAUCCCCAUUUAUAUUUUGUCUCUUAGGUCGUAACAUCGCUCUGAGACAACGCACCGAACAGACCGGUACUUACUUUCAUUUAAACACAUCUGAUUAUUCGAGAUCAGAAAACGCUGUAGAUGGCAACACCAACGGUUACUUU